CCUACAACACCAUGUAGAUCAUGAGAAAUAUCUCCACUCCUCCCUCUACUUUUGAGACCCUCUUCACUGCUUCUUCCACCUUUUCUUAGAACAGUCUCCAACCCAAUGCCCACAUCCACUUCACCUCUCCAUCCCUUCAUAUCAGUUCUCAGAAAUAGCCAGCUUCUCUAACAACAUCUCUUCAAGCUCUAGAAGUCGUCAAAAGAUCCAUCUUUUCCCACUCCAUUUCUAGUCCUCAAGCAUCUCCAUCCAAUAUCCAUGCCAAGAUCCAACUCCACACCCCAGCUCUCCCUUCCCGUUCUUCUCUUGCUCCUCCUCGCCACCUCGCUUCGUCCCUACCACCUCAAUGCCGCCCAACAGCAGCCCAUCAAGGCCAUUGUGGUCCUUGUCUUGGAGAACCGCUCCUUCGACCACAUGCUCGGCUGGAUGAAGCAAUCCGUCAACCCGGCCAUCGACGGCCUCACCGGCAACGAAUGCAACCCGCAUUCGACGGCGGCCCCCGAUUCGCAGCGCGUCUGCGUCUCCGACGAUGCCCAGUUCGUCGAUCCCGACCCCGGGCACUCCUUCGAGGACGUGAUGGAGCAGGUCUUCGGCUCCGGCACCAUCCCUUCCAUGUCGGGGUUCGUGCAGCAAGCGCUCACCAUAUCCGGCAACCUCUCCGACGCCGUCAUGAAGGGCUUCAAGCCGGAGAGUGUGCCGGUCUUCGCCGCCUUGGUCCGAGAAUUCGCGGUGUUCGACCGGUGGUUCUCGUCGAUUCCCGGCCCGACGCAGCCCAACAGGCUGUUCGUGUACUCCGCUACAUCCCAUGGCGCGGUGAGGCACGAUAAGUGGAAUCUCAUCCGAGGGUAUCCGCAAAAGACCAUCUUUGAUUCGCUACACGAGGAUGGAUUGGAUUUUGAUGUCUACUUUCAGAACAUUCCCACUACUCUGUUCUACAGGAAUCUGAGGAGAUUGAGGCACAUCUCAAAAUUCCAUCUUUUCAAAGCCUUCAAGGAUCGUGCGAAGAAGGGGAAAUUGCGGAACUUGAGUGUGAUCGAGCCGAGGUACUUUGAUCUGGCGGCGCUUCAGGCGGACGACGACCAUCCUUCGCAUGAUGUUGCUAAUGGGCAGAAGCUGGUGAAGGAGGUUUAUGAGGCAUUGAGGUCGAGCCCGCAGUGGAAUGAGAGCCUCUUGAUCAUAUCUUAUGAUGAGCAUGGCGGAUUCUAUGAUCAUGUGACCACUCCUUAUAGAGGAGUUCCCAAUCCUGAUGGAAUUAUGGGACCGGAGCCAUUCUUCUUCGGGUUUGAUCGGCUGGGAGUUCGAAUUCCGACGAUCAUGGUCUCACCCUGGAUCAACAAAGGAACAGUGGUAAACAGACCAAAUGGACCGAGUGCGAGCUCGGAAUAUGAACACUCUUCGAUACCUGCAACCAUAAAAAAGAUGUUCAACCUCACAUCAGAUUUCUUGACGAAGAGAGAUGCCUGGGCAGGGACGUUUGAGCACAUUGUAGGUGAAUUAUCGUCGCCAAGAACAGACUGCCCAGACAUUCUGCCAGAUGUAGCUCCUUUAAGACAAGCUAAAGCGAAAGAAGAUAACUGGCUAUCAGAGUUUCAGGGCGAGUUGGUUGAGUUGGCUGCUGUUCUUAAUGGUGACUAUUUCUUAAACAGCUUCGGCCAUGAAAUGAGCAAGAAGAUGACUGUCAAGGAGGCAAGUGCAUAUGUAAACCAAGCUGUUUCAAGAUUCCUGCAAGCAAGCAAACAAGCCAUCAGGUUGGGUGCAGAUGAAUCGGCCAUUGUAAAUAUGAGGUCAUCUCUGACAUCCACCACCACAACCCCAUGAUCAGUAAAACCCAAUCCGAUCAUUGUCUCUUUCUCAUGCAUCUACACUAAAAUGAUUACCAUCAGCUCCUCAAGAUUGUCCUCUAACUCCACUCAAGGGAAGAGACAACUUUGAGAACCUUGUAGAAUACUAGCCAGAGAGUAUAGCAUAAUGUAGCUUAUAUGACCACCAUAACAGCCUUAUAAACAUCAGUAUGUUGUGAAUUGUGAUAUAAUGGUAGCUUAUACUGCAUGCUAUGUUACAAUUAAGAGCUUCUACCAAAUAAAUUUGAGUACUUCUAGCGUAUAUUUUAAAAA